GAAUCUAGUCAGAAUCUUCUCUCGGCCGCCGCUCCCUUUUCGGGAGUAGAACAAGACGUAGAAACGGGGACCGAGACUUCUUCAACCACACAGAAUCAGGGCGGGAAUACUAGAAACCCGAGCAUUUGGGAGCAGUCAAGGUUGGACAUAUUUAUAGAUCUUGCUUCGCUACUCGUCGGCUUGAGAUGGUGGAAUGAUAUUCAGGAAGAUGGAACAAAUGUUUGGAUGUUUGAGAGUAGGGAUCCUUCACGGCCAAUCAAUCAAACUGACUCGAGAGUAUUUUGGAUAUCGCUUUACGUAACUCUUGUAAUAUGGUUUUUCUUUGGCUUCUUUGCUCUCAUCAAACCGCCGUGGCUUUUGAUCGUCGUCGUGGCAUUGACAUUGAAUAUAGCGAAUGUGAUUGGAUAUACUCAAUGCGAUAAAGAUGCAAAACGUAAAUGGGCCAGUGGACUUGCUGCAAGAGCAGCAUCAAGUAAUUCUGGUGUGAUUGGGAAGUUGUUCUCGUUCGGAUUCGGAAAGUUAUUCACGUAG